AUGGCCACAACGCUUCCCAAGGACAUCUCGAAACUCGGCCAGGAGGUCAAGCUCUUCGGAAAGUGGGACACGCAAGAUGUUGAAGUGAAGGAUAUCUCCUUGACCGAUUACAUCCAAGUUCGCCAUGCCGUUUACCUCCCACAUACCGCUGGACGAUACGCCAAGAAGCAAUUCAAAAAGGCGCAGAUGCCCAUUGUCGAGCGUCUGGUCGACAGCUUAAUGAUGAAGGGGCGCAACAACGGCAAGAAACUCAUGGCCGUCCGUAUCGUCGCCCACUCGUUCGAAAUCAUCCACCUCCUCACCGACCAAAACCCCAUCCAAGUCCUUGUUGAUGCCAUCGUCAACACUGGCCCUCGUGAAGAUUCUACUCGUAUUGGUUCGCAGGGUACCGUCCGUCGUCAAGCCGUCGAUGUCUCUCCUCUCCGCCGUGUCAACCAAGCUAUCUCUCUCCUGACAAUCGGCACUCGCGAAUCCGCAUUCCGCAACGUUAAAUCCAUUGCUGAAUGUUUGGCUGAUGAGCUCAUCAAUGCCGCCAAGGGUUCAUCUAACUCUUAUGCCAUCAAGAAAAAGGACGAAUUGGAGCGUGUCGCCAAGUCCAAUCGGUAA